AUGGUCCACUUCGGUCCCGCCAUUCGGCACGAGCGCGAGAAUAAUGAGGCGGGUAUUCUGCGUCGCUUCCAUGCUGAGAUUCCACAUUACAUUGGACCCCGCAACGACCGGUGUGAGGGAUGUGGAGCGCUUCACUGGAUUUCGGAAAGGCCAAAAGGAACACAAAAGUCACGGCCAUAUAGCUACUUGGAGUGUUGUCAUAAAGGUGGUGUGUCGCUGCCGGUUCAAUUUUCUGGAAGCCGUGCGGUGCCUAGGUUCUUGGAGUACCUCCUGACGUCGCAGGAUAAUGGUAAGCUGUCUUCGCGCGCACGGAAUUCAGCUUCUCGGGAAUUUUGUGCUUUGAUUAGGUCGUAUAACAACGCCUUGUCGUUCACGUCGCUAGGUGCAAGGAUUGACAGAAGUGUAGAUGGUCCUCUGGGUAUCAACACCUUUCGUAUCCAGGGGGAGCUGUCGCACCGCAUUGGAGGUCUUUUACCGUGUGGUGACAUCGACCCGGGGUUUUCUCAAAUAUAUGUGGUGGGAGAUGGAGGUACGACUGAGGCUCGGCGUCGAUCGGCCGCGGCAGGCAAGGACCUGAACCUUCGAAUAUUGGAAACUUUCCAGCGUUUCUUCGACUGUUUCAACCCCUAUGCCCAAUGUUUUCGCCGGGCUGGUGACGUGAUUGCAAACAAUCCAACCGCCGCGUUGCGCGUGCGUACCAUGGCGCCCGGUAAUAGAGAUGCUAGACAAUACAACAGGCCGACGACCGACAAGGUCGCCAUGGUGAUAGAGGGUAAUGGGGAGGUGGGAGAAACGGGGAGGGAUAUCGUUUUGUAUCUUUGA